AUGAUUUUAAUCUGUGAUUGUAAACAAAGACUGAGCACAACUGGAAGAGACUAGUUAUGAUCAAAUUACAUUAAUAAUCUGUGAGAAAAAUCCAAAGGUGUGUCCACAGCUUUACAGUCACAUAAGAAGAAUGUGUUGUGUUUAAUUUUCAUGCUGAAUUUAGGGCGUAGCACCGCCACUAUAAAAAAACUUGCGGCAAACAACUUAAUCAUCUCAUAGGAGGCAAAUCGUCAAUUCGGAGGAAUAGGUUGUGAAAAUGGAGUCUUUGUCAGCAGCAAACACACAAUUCUCUCUCAAUGUGUUUGAGAAGAUCAGUGAGAUAAACACUAGUGGAAAUGUCUUCUACUCUCCUCUCAGCAUCUCAUUGGCUCUGGCCAUGGUGUCACUUGGUGCUAAAGAAAACACAAAAGAUCAGAUCUUACAGGUUUUGUGUCUUAAAAAAUCUGAACCAGCUCUGCUGCAGAUGAAGAUAGAGGACUUACCUAUCUGUGUCAAGGCUGACCGGCCAAUGAUGCCAAAUGUGCAAGAGAUUAAGCAAUCCGACAUACCUGUGUGUGUCAAGGGUGACCCACCAAAAAUGCAUGAGAUUAAGAAAUCCGACAUACCUGUUUGUGUCAAAGCUGACCCUCCAAAAAUGCAUGAGAUUAAGAAAUCCGACAUACCUGUUUGUGUCAAAGCUGACCCUCCAAAAAUCCAUGAGAUUAAGAAAUCUGACAUACCUGUGUGUGUCAAGAGUCAAUCUGAACCAAUGAUGCAGCAAACUCCGAAACCCCAGGAACCUGUGAAGAGUCAGUGUCAACCCCCAAAACUGCAAAAGCCCCUGGAGCCCCAGAUUUCUUCUCACCUCAAGCAGGAGGACCAAAUUCAUUCCAGCUACAACAAACUCAUGAGCGAGUUGAACAAACCAGGAGUCCCAUAUAUGUUGAGUCUUGCCAAUCGUCUGUAUGGAGAGAAAUCCUAUCAGUUUAUUGAUAAAUUCAUUAGUGACACAAAAAAAUACUACCAGGCUGGACUGGAGUCUGUGGACUUCAUAAAAAACUCAGAAGCUGCACGCGUCAACAUCAACAAAUGGGUGGAGAAAACGACACAAGGGAAGAUUAAAGACUUGCUGGCACAGGGGAUCGUCAAUGAUUUGACGCGUUUGGUUUUGGUGAAUGCCAUCUACUUCAAGGGAAACUGGGAGAAAAAAUUCAAAAAGGAAGCCACUGUUGAUGUACAGUUUAAAGUGAACAAGAAUGAAACUAAACCAGUGAAGAUGAUGAAACAGACAUCAAAGUUUCUUCUGGCCUUCAUCCCAGAGGUGAACAGUCAGAUCCUGGAGCUGCCGUAUGUCGGGAAGAAUCUGAGUAUGUUUAUCAUCCUUCCAAAUGAGAUUGAAGACGACACCACUGGACUUCAGAAGCUGGAGAAAACACUGACCUAUGAGAAGCUCAUGGAGUGGACCAAGCGUGACAACAUGAGUGUAGAAAAAAUUCAAAUAUCUCUGCCCAAAUUCAAGCUGGAAGAAACUUACAACAUGAAGAAUCUACUGGUGAAACUGGGAAUGGUGGAUGCUUUUGAGAAGGGGAAGGCUAAUUUUUCAGGCAUGUCUCCCAAAAAUGAUCUGGUGGUGUCUGAGGUGAUUCAUAAAUCAUUUGUUGAAGUCAAUGAAGAGGGAACAGAAGCAGCAGCAGCUACUGGUGUUGUCAUGGGGUUACUAAGCAUGCCUCCACAGUUCUUCAAUGCUGAUCAUCCCUUCCUGUUCUUCAUCCGACAUAAUCCCACCAACACCAUUCUGUUUUAUGGACGCUUCUGCUCUCCAUGAGCUCCUCUUGAUGGGUUGACCUUCUGAAGAGUUUCGUUUCUGAAUGUUCUCGUUUGUUUUGAAUGAUUGUACAAUGAAAGUUCUAGACUGGGGUUAUGGUCAUGAGCUCUGUACUGUAUCUCGUAUCUAAUCAAAGGUUUUAGUUUGAAAAUAACCAAAUGUUUGUUUCCCUAUUCUUACAUAAAAUGCACUUCAUUACAAAAUUAAGUAGGAGUACUAGGAAACAAUGCUAUUAAACAACUUUAAGAAUUGAACUAAACAUGCUGUGACAGAUACUUUACAGGUUAGGCAAGUACUUCAUAGGUUAGAUUCUGUAGUCAUGGUUCAUAAAAGAUAUAAAUGUAAAUAAAACAACAUUUAAGAAUUGUAAUCUCAAUGUGUUUAAGAAGAUCAGUGAGAUAAACACUAGUGGAAAUGUCUUUUACUCUCCUCUCAGUAUCUCCUCGGCUCUGGCCAUGGUGUCACUUGGUGCUAAAGGAAACACACAUGAUCAGAUCUUACAGAUGAUGACACAUAUCUUGAAUGUUUGCACCUUUAUAGCCAUUUUCUCUUUGAUUGAAAGAUAAACUGUUGUGAGUGAUGGCAUAGAUAGAGGAAGAAAGUGUAGGAUGCUAUAUCCUCUUAAUUUUGUGUAUUUUUCUUAUGUGUGGCAUUGUGUGACUUACACAUAAUGUCCAGAGAUUUUUGUAGGAGGGUAUUGGGUUUAUAUGCAUAUAUAAUAUGUUUGUUUAUGUUGGGUUCAAUAAAUGGUCUUUAUAAUAAAUGUUUUGCU